AUGGAGCAUGUCACACGUAACCCUGGGGACACUAUUAUAAUUUCACACUUCAGGACUUCAAUACUUCAACUGCUUGUUCCCACCAAACAAACGCACCAGGGUUUUGAAGUCAACAUCUUGGGCUUUCGUUUAUAUUUGGUAAUAGCUCUUAUUAAAGUUGCUACAAUGGGUACUAUCAUUGAAGCAGAUGACACAUAUACCAGGAUCCUAGGAAGAUGGCCUAUCUUUUAUUAUGGCAUGGGACACAUGCUCAAUGACAUAACUGCAGCUUGUUGGUUCACCUAUUUAUUAUUGUUCUUGACAGAUAUUGGACUUUCACCAAGGAAUGCAGCUCUUGUGAUGCUUUCAGGUCAGGUGGCUGACGGAUUUGCCACUAUAUUUAUUGGUGAACUGAUAGACAGAUUUGGACACUUCAAGAUAUGGCAUGGUGCCGGAUCUGCAUUGGUGGCGAUUUCAUUUUCUUCUGUUUUUGGCGGUUGUUUACCUUGUAAAAUCUUUAGUUCCAAUUCAUCUACUUUUGAAACUGUGAGUUACAGCGUAUUUGCAGCAAUCUUCAAUGUGGGAUGGGCUGCUACUCAGGUUUCACACAUGUCCAUGGUGAGCUGCAUCACGCUGAACUCUACAAGCAGAGUGGCACUGGCUAGCUGUCGCAAUGCUUUUACCAUGGUUGCCAACUUGAGCUUGUAUGCAGUUGCAUUGAUAGUAUUCAGUGUCAUUGAUGGAAAAACAAAGACAGAUGUUGAAAAUCAGUAUCGCUGGAUUGCAUAUCUGUCUAUUUUUAUUGGAUGUUGCUUUGCGAGCGUAUUUCUUCUUGCAACCAAAGAGCCCAGAUUGAAGGUGGCUGUGCAUGGAAAGGUUCAUGCAAGGAUUUCAUGGGAUUACUGGUUCAAGAGAAUUCUGUAUUACCAGGUUGCUCUUGUUUACGUAAUCACAAGAUUGGUUCUCAAUGUUUCGCAGGCAUACCUUGCUUUCUUUGUCAUCAAUGACCUUCAAAUGGCCCAAUCAGCCAAAGCUUUGGUUCCUGCUCUCAUAUACAUCUGCAGCUUCAUUGUAUCCAUAGCGUUACAGGAGAUUGCAUGGACUGGUCGAAUGCUCAAGGCCUACUACUCUGCUGGAUGCAUUCUUUGGAUCUUUUGUGGGGCAGUGAUCCUUCUUUUAAGCGCAAAUAUGAGUUAUGUCAUGUACAUAGUAUCAUUAUUUAUCGGCAUAGCCAAUGCUCUCAUGAUGGUCACUGGAGUAAGCAUGCAGAAUUUUCUGAUUGGGGAGAACCUUAAUGGUUGUGCAUUUGUUGUUGGAUCAUUGAGCUUUUUGGACAAAAUUUCAUGUGGGCUUGCUUUAUUUGUUCUUCAGUCAAACCAAAAUAUCUCUCCACAGCUUCAGGCAACAACAGAGUUUCCUUUCUCAGUUACCAGGUUUGGUUUGGGUCUUGUUCCUGCAAUAUGUUCACUAAUUGGGGUGGUAGUAACUUGGACAAUGGAUUUCCACAAUCCUUCCAAGCCUUUGACAGCACCACUAUUAGUCUAG